ACAGAUGAACCAAAAGACAUAACAUCAAGUAAUAAGGAUGGUUUAGAAGAUCUUGAAUCUAAAUUUGACGCUUUAACAAAAUCAUCUGAACUUCUUCAAUAUUAUGAUGGCGAGGAAUCAAAUUUCGAUGAAGCAAUUGAAAAACUAGCUGAACUUGAAAAGAAGGAAGAGUUCAUAGAACCAUUCAAAGUUGAUAGUACAUCAUUGGAAGAGAUAUCUCAGGUAGCUCCUGAGCCUGGUGUUGAAUCCAAGCCCGAAGAGGUCUUGCAGAAGAAACCUACUAGCGGAGAAAAUGAUGUUAAAAUGAAACCUUUAAGCUUACCUAGUCCAACUAGUUCGCUAAAAUUUGGGUUAAGUACAUCUAAUGCACAGCAAAAGGACCUUGGCUCAACACCUUUUGGCUCAACAAUAUCUUCCUCUUUAAACUUUGGAACAGCAGCACCUGUCCCUUCGGUAUAUAGGGGAGAAAUACCAAAUGCAUUUAAUAUCGGUAGCAUUCCACCAGCACUUUCUGCAACACCUUCAAAUGUUAUUAAUGCAUUUAGUCAACCACAACCACCUUUAUC